ACAAAAUAAGACAGAGAAUAAGGCCUGAUUGAAUGGGGGUUACAAAGGAGAAGGACCGAUCACAUAAAUAUCCCUUUUAGGGAGAAUGCACAAACCCCCCAUUACACCAAAGGGCGCCGUUUCAUCAUCAUCAUACUAAUGUUUGAAACUUUAUAACCGAAUACAAGAUUCGUUUUUGUCCAUAUUCGUUUUGUUUUCUCUAUUUUUUUUUGUCUUUUUCUUCGUUGUUUCUUCUUGCUUGCGUGUUCCUCUUGCUUUGCAGGUGUCAGAGGAGCGUGGAGGAGCGGUGGUUAGCGUCGGCGCGCAUGGGAGGAGCGGCGGCUGAAGAGAAGGCUAGUUUUUUGUUUGCUGAAAAUGUUUAAGAUAGUGGGCUAAGAUUUAAGUUAGGGUUUCAUUUUGGGUUUUAAAUUUUAGAUUGGUGUGAGUUUUGUAAAUGGACAUUUAUUAUUUGAACUUUAUUAUUUAUAUAUUUUUUUUAUUUAUUUGUCUUGGCCAAAAUUAACUACUACACCAUAUUUAUAGGCAAUCCAAUACCUGAUGGCAAAGCAAAAGAAAGGUGGCGAUGGGGAUAUGAAAUGAAGAAUAUAAAAUCUAACAGAAAAGACAAAUCAUUGGAUGAUGAUGAUGAUGAUGAAGACAAGAUAGUUUGGAAUGUGGAAUGCCAUUAUGCUCAAGCUGAAAUUGAUGGAUGUACCAUAAAUCUUCGGGAUUGUGUUUAUAUUAAGGGUGAAGAAGCAAAACACCACAUUGGCAGGAUAUUAGAAUUUUUUAAAACAACAGAUGGAGAAAAUUAUUUUAGAGUCCAGUGGUUUUAUAGAGCUGAAGAUACAGUAAGUACUGAAAGUAAUAUUUAUUUAGGCCAUGCACUAUUUCUUAUCCUGACCUUUGUUGCUUCUGUUCUGCGCAUCAUGCAAAGGUUAUGA